AUGGGGCUGCCCAUGCCACUGCGACUCGUCGUCGCCGCCGCGGCGCUCCAGCUCGCGACGGCCACGACGCUGAGCGUGUCGCCGACGCAGCUCUACGCCGAGGAGUGGGACGCCACGGCGUCCAUCACCUACGAGGUCUCCGUCGCCGCCCAGCCGAGCAGCGACGUCGUCGUCACGAUCACGUCGUCGAACGCGUCCCUGGCGACGGCGGACGCGGAGACGCUGACCUUCACGAGCGCCGACUACGCGGCGAAGACCGUCACGGUCACCGUCGCCGACGACAAUAAAGCCGGCGCGUCCGAGCACGCCGUGGAAUUCUCGCACGACUGUACAGGCUGCGACGCGGCGACGGUGACCCUGACCAUCUUCGACGACGACUACUGCGCGCGGGACUGCGACGCCGGCGCCUACUCGUCGACGUGCAACGGCACGCGCCGCUGCCUCGACUGCCCGCGGGGCGCGACGUGCGCCGGCGGCUGCGACGCGCCCGAGCUCUGCGCGCCGGGCACCUACAAGGCCGUCAUGGGCGCGACGAACGGCGACGGCUGCGACGCCUGCCCGGCGGGCCACUACGCAGCAGAAUACGGCGCGGCGUCGUGCGAGCCCUGCCCCGCGGGCUACGCCUGCGGCUCCGGCGCGUCCGUCGUCGCCUGCGCCGCGGGCACCUACAGCCUCGAGCUCGCCAUGGACUGCGGCGACUGCCCGGCGGGCAAAGUCGCGGAGUUCGAGGCGAUGGGCGCCUGUUCGGGCUGCCCCAAGGGCCACGCGUGCCCGUCGGGCGGCUACGCCGUGCCCUGCGCGUCGGGCACCUACUCCCUCGGCAACCUCACGAACUGCACGGCGUGCCCCGCCGGGUACAGCUGCCCGAGCUCCGGCGCGGCGCCCGCGCUCUGCGGCGACGGCGCGUUCUCGCUGUCGAACUGGCAGUACUGCGUCUCCUGCCCGCUGGGCCACAGCUGCACGAACGUCGCCGUCGCGCCCGCGCCCUGCGAGCCGGGGACGGCGGCGCCGGGCAACGCGACGCACUGCGCGGCGUGCCCCACGGGGCGCUACACCGGGAACGUCACGGGCGCGCCGCGCUGCGACGAGUGCCCCGGCGGCUUCUCCUGCGACGACCCGGCGGAGGACCCCGCGCUCUGCGCCAACGGCACGAGCGCCUCGGCCGGCUCGAUACGCUGUUCGGACUGCGCGCCCGGCGAGUACAGCGCCGCGGGCGCGACGGAGUGCGCGCCGUGCCCCGCGGGCCACGCCUGCGCGGAGCCCGGCGCCGCGCCCGCGCCGUGCGCGAACGGCACCUUCGCCGAGGGCAACGCGACCGCGUGCGCGCCGUGCGCCCAGGGCCUGACGACGAGCAAGGACGGCUCCUUCUGCGACGACUGCCCCGCCGGCUUCUCCUGCGGCGACGCGAGCGUCGGCCCCCAGCGCUGCGCCGAGGGCUUCUUCAGCGCCAAGGGCGUGAGCCUCGCCUGCGAGCUCUGCCCGCCGGGCCACAGCUGCGAGGACCCGGCGGCGCUCGAGUCGUGCGCGCCGGGCACGUACGCGCCCUACGGCGGGACGAACUGCUCCGCGUGCCCCGCGGGCUUCAAAUGCCUCGACCCGGCGGACCCGCCCGUCGCCUGCGACGCGGGCACCUACGCCUUCCGCGGCCGGGCGACGUGCACGUCCUGCGCGCGGGGCUACGUCUGCCGCGACGGCCUGCCGCCCGUGCUCUGCGAACCGGGCUGGCGGCCGACGGCGAACCAGACGUCCUGCGCGCCCUGCCCGCCCGGCUUCGAGUGCCCCCUCGGCGAGCCGUCGAUGAUCCCGACGCGGUGCCCCGUCGGCACGUACGCGCCCGGCAACAACACGCGGUGCCUCCGGUGCCCCGCGGGCUACCACUGCGGCGACCCGGCGGCGUCGCCGGCGCCCUGCGGCUACGCGACCUACUCGCCGGGCGGCUGGCAGAAUUGCAGCUACUGCGCCGAGGGCCGCCUGCCGUCGUUCGACCGCUCCGAGUGCGUCGACUGCGCGCCGGGGUUUCAAUGCCCCUUCUAUGACCAGGAGGUCCAGCUCCCGUGCACGCUGGGCACCUACAGCGAGGGCGGCCAGGCCUACUGCACGAGCUGCCCGGCGGGCUACGCGUGCGCCGACCGCGCGGCGCCGCCGACGGACGCGGAGCUGUGCGCGGAGGGCUAUUUCUCCGAGGGCGGCCGCGACGCGUGCGUCGCCUGCCCCAACGGCGUCGCCUGCGCGGGAACGGACACGGCGGCGACGAAUCCCUGCGACGCGGGCACCUACUCGCCCCUCGGCGAGAUGGACUGCUUGAAGUGUCCUCGAGGUUCCUAUUGUCCGUCGCCGACGUCCGGCGAGUACCCGUGCGAUUUGGGCACGUACUCGCUGACGAAUGCCACGAACUGCACGGUCUGCCCGCCGGGCUUCGCCUGCCCCGACGCGGCGACGGUCGUCGUCUGCACGGAGGGGUUCUACAGCCCCGGCGGCCUGACGCAGUGCCUCGACUGCAACCCCGGCUACCGCUGCCCGAACCGCGUCGUCGACGCCUUCGCCGCCGGGCUCCGAUACUGCCCGCCGGGGACGCUGGGCAACACGACGGCGGGCCGGUCCGCGGACCACGCCUGCGCGCCGUGCCCGCCGGGCUACUACUGCGACGGAAUGAUCGUCGACGUCGUCGACCCGAUCGCCGUCGAGGCCUACGGGGGCACGGUCUUCGCGACGGCCAAGCUCUGCGACCGGGGCGGCUACUGCCCCGAGAGCUCGGCCGAGCCCACCCUCUGCGACGCCGGUACGUACCAGCCGGACUUCGGCGCGGCGUCGGCCGCGGACUGCCUGCCCUGCCCGCCGGGCUACUACUGCCCGACGAACUCGUCGACGUACGUCGACAAGCCCUGCCCCACGGGCCACUUCUGCCCCGUCGGGUCCGCGACUUGGUGGGGCACGCCCUGCGCGGCGGGGUCCUUUGGCAACCGAACGGGGUGGAAGUCAAAUCUUCAACUCGACUUCAAUGCAACCGCACGGGGCUCCACCGCCAGCACGUACAACCCGCUCGAACGCGCGACGGACGUCAACAACUGCCGCGAGUGCCUCGCGGGCUGGGCCUGCGAAAACAUGGGCAUGUACCGCAUGCUCGACGCCAUGCGCUGCGCCGCGGGCUAC